AUGAACCCAUUGCCUCCAUCAUCACCAGCAGCAACAACACCACCAAAAACCACCGGACCAUCGAAAUCGCAAUCCAAACUAAUCUCCUCCCCCCGCCGCCUCCUCAUCCUCACCCCGACCUCGCACUCCCUCACCACCAUCCCUCCCCUCUUACAUACGUUAACGGGCGUCGCGGUUAAAGAUCCCCCUUCCGCGACUGCAACUGCGACGACGACGUUCGCGGGGUACACGACACAUACACCCCUCACGAUCGAGAAUAAGUAUUACAAAGCGGAGGUGCCGAUUUGGGUUGAUGAGAUUCCGACUUCGUCUACGGAUACGAAUACAAAGACUGGAACAGAGGCGAAGACAGAAACCCAAGUGGAAGGGACAGGAGCAGCGCAAUGGAAAACCGAAUUCUCAGGCGCUGAAGCGCGAGUCGUGCGUGAUGCGAUCGGAGGUGUUGUUAUCUGCUUGAAGAACCCGCGGCCGCGUGCUAUUGGCCAGGAUACCAGUGAGGAGGGUAAGCGGGAGGAUGUACAAGCGCUCAAGGACUUCCUACGGUGUAUCAGCGAAGUCAAGCGGUUAAUCGAGGGUGAGAGGAGUGGUGAUGGCGAUGAUGAUGGUGAAGGUGGGGGGAUUGGGUUUGGGGAGGUGCUGGGGUUGAUUAUUCUCGUUGAGGAUGGGGAUAAGAAUAAGAAUACGAAGACCAAGAAGAAGGGAAAUGAUAAUAUUGAGGAUGAGGAUGGGUUAGGAGAGACUCAAGAACCAUUCUCUAUCUCAUGGUGGGAAGAACAGCUUGAUGAUAUUGGGUUGAUGGAUUUCGAUAUCGCGAGUUGGGAUCCUAGUGCGCCGGAUACGGAUUUUAGGGAUAAAUAUGGCGAAUACCAAGGAAUGCGCCGAAUUCGUCAAAUCAUCGAAACUCACGAUUGGGCGUCUGAUGAUCAAUCCGGAGAUGCAGAUGCAGAUCUAGGUUUCGACGAUGACCUCGAAGAACAGCUCUUGGGUUUCGAUAAGAGCAGUAGCGGGUUUAACCUCGAAGUCAACGAGCUAGAGCGGGAGAUGUUUGGCUUGCGCAUGGCGAUUGAACGGGGCGGUGAUGAUGGGGAUGAGUUUGGGGACUUCGAGGGUGAUGACGAUGGUGACAUUAAGGUUGAGUCGAUGGAGGCGCUGAUGUUACGGAUGCAGGCUAUUAAAGAUAUGAGCGCCGAUUUACCGGAAAGCGAACGAAAGAAGUUUGCAGCCAAGGCGGUUCGGGAUAUCAUGAAAGAGAUGUAA